UGCCACAAGCUGAACUUGGAGAGUGAAUGCAGACAACAAGAAAUCUGGCGAACGGACGGCGACCGGCAAGUAACCGGGCCCAUGGAGGUUCCGCCUCCGAUGGACGGCGCUAAGCCGAUUAGAUUCUUUUCUUCCUGAAUGGCCGGGUUUAUCAAUCUGAUCGGAAGUCGCCCGCCGUCCCUCCCCAUGGAAGUUUCCAUCAUCUCCUGAAAGGACACGUCGUUUGAAUCAGGCUGCACAUAUAAGUCAGCUCAGCUCAACUCAGCUAAUCCCAGCUCUGAAGCUGGGAAUCAGUUUUCGACGCAUCUCUCAAAACUGACACUAAUCCAGUUGUGUUCAUAUGAUGACUCUGAUCUGAGAAAAAUAAAAGAAACCACUACAUUGGCUCCUUAUCUUGCGAGCCUGUACUGACUCUGGAGCUGGAGAACAACAAACGCAUCAUGUAUCACUCACUCCUGCUACAGUUCUUCUUAUCGCUCCUUCUCUCGCAACCGCUCCUCUCUGCUGCACGCUCACAGCAGCCGCCAGGCAGCGAUGCCAUCCUCCUCUCCCGCGUCCACUCGCUCACUCUGCGGGGAAAUCGCCUCACGACCUCCAGGCGCGUGUCCCCUAUCCCUCAGUUAAAAUGCAUCGGCCCCUCCAAGCGCAUCUGCAAUUUAUACCCCAUCGAAACGAUGCGAUGCACGAACGAAGGCUACGACUACGACGAAGAGGAUAUUCAAUGGACCUGUACCGCCUCACUCCCCGCGGAAUUCAAGCUCGGCUCAACCGACGUAGUAUGCGAGGGCUACCGGGACGCAGAUGACAAAUGGGUCUUGAAGGGAAGCUGCGGCGUCGAGUAUCGUCUGCUAUUGACGGAGCCGGGAGAAAAGCGAUUUGGCUCGGAAUGGCAGAAUAGCGACUUGUGGCCUUCAAACUUCGAUAAAUCUGGCUGGAGGGGCGUGUUUUCUGCGCUGGGCAAUCUCGUUUUCUUUGGGUUCAUGGUGGCGUGUUUCUUCCUCAUAAUGUUGCCCAUGCUGAGAGACUGUUUUGGGCUACGUGGGUUUCGACGAGCUCAACGGGGAGGUCGCGGCUGGGGUGGAGGAGGUGGUGGUGGUGGCGGCGGUGGUCCCUUUCCUCCUGGCCCUCCCCCUCCCUAUAGUAGUUGUCCAGAUCCAGCUCCUGCUUCUGAAUCGUGGAGACCUGGGUUUUGGACAGGUGCUUUGGGCGGCGCUGCAGCUGGCUAUGGGUUGGGCAGCAGAAACAGUCGCCGCAGCUCAGCUUUCACGCAACGGCCCGCCCCAUCUUUCACCAGGUGGGAUGACCCCGGCGAAGGUAGCUCAAGGUCACGCUCGCCGCAAUUCUCGAGUACAACCACAAGUACCGGGUUUGGUUCGACUAGGCGCCGCUGAAGGGUGGAGGAUUGUGCAACGAGAAUCUCAUUGUGAGUUUGAUUCGGGUGAUUUAAUGCGUCUCUUUGCUACUUCAUGGCGUAAACGAGUCUAAGUGAACGAGCCUCAUGGCAGUUGUAUUGAUGCCUAGGUUAGGGUAAGCAUCGGUAUCCAAGGGAAGGCCCCUAUGAAAAUACCUCGAAAACCAGA